CACGUUUAAGGAAGAAAGAGAAAAAUCUUCUAAAGAUUUUAAUUAUUACGAAUAAAUUUUGAAAAUUUCGCAUAACAGAAAAAUUAUAUAACAACUUCGUAUAUUUUUUAUUUUCAAAACUAUGAACAGUUUUUUUUUUUUUGAAAAAACUAUGAACACUCUUAAGAGAUAAAUUAUAUAUCUAGCCACAUUAUUACAAACACUCUUGAUUUAUACCUUAUAAUACACAUAGUCGUACUGUAUGAUGGAUCUAGGACGUGAAAGGGUCGGCGAGUCGGCAGUGAUCUGAUAUGGCCGGAGAGUUUUUUUUUUGUUUGUUUAAGGAAUCUUUUUUUACAGGAAGAAUGUGUCAAACAGAAAAUAAUGAGGAAAAAGAGAUCGACACGUUUUCCCGUAAGGCAAAUGCUUGGUCUACAAUUUCAAUGCGCUUUGUCUGCUCCUCAUCUACUCUUACAGCUGUCUAAACCCACAACCAUUUAUAAGUAUCUACAUACAUAUUAUCGUACCUUUUUGGUUAAAACAUAUGCUAAUCAAUGUACAUCUCAUUUAUUUUUUAUGAAUUACAUAAGUCGCUCAUCCAGCUACAUUUUGUUUUUUUUUCUUUAUUUUCUUUAUCAUAUUCGACAACAAAAAAAAGAAGAGAAAACUAUAUGCAUCGAUGCCUUUUUAGAACAUCAGGUUUAUACCAUAUUACCUGACUAAACCAACUUCAACAAAGUUACGUUUACGAUCGAUGAUCGACCGUCUUGACCGCUGCGAUUUAUAUGGUAUAUCCAACUCAUGUGAUAACUUAUAAUAAGGUUAUAUAUAUUUAUAAUAUUUUUUUGUUGACAACACAUAUCUAUAAUAUAUAUGGAUAUUAAUCUGAGAAAGGAAAUGAAAUACUAGCUAGUAAACAGAUUGUUUCUAGAGACUACGCCGUGUCCACUAUUAUUAUAUCAAAUAAAAAGCAGAACAUAUAACUCUCGAGAAAUUGACGUGAUGCUGAUCUUCAACUUAGCAAAUAGUUUAGAAGAAAGUAAAGAAGUUUUUCUACGCUAAAAAGAGUUUUAUUAAGGGAGUCUCAAAUGUUACAAAAAGGGAGUUUCAAAUAAUUAACUAUAGCAAUAUAGCAAACCUAAAAGUAUCCCACCUGACGCGUUUGUAUUAAAAUCUGUAUAAGGAAAAUAGCAUUAUUAAGUCAUGUGACUUGAAUUAAAAUUUCCACACAAAUAAUAAAUUUCAAAAAGGAGAAAAAUGGAAAAAGUGAAUGAGUCCAAAGCAUGAAAGUGGAAGCAAAGACUUCUACAUAUAUGAAAGCAGAGAAUGAGAGUUGAAGCACUUCAAAGCUUUACUUUCUGCUCAUCUCCUCUCUCUAAAAAAAACAGUUUUAUUUGGAUGGACAAGACACAACUACAACAACAAGAACUGACUCAAGAACAGAUCAUGGAGUUUAAAGAAGCGUUUUGUCUGUUCGACAAAGAUGGAGAUGGUUGCAUCACUGCUGAUGAGCUUGCCACUGUGAUCCGCUCGUUGGAUCAGAAUCCGACCGAACAAGAGCUUCAAGAUAUGAUCAAUGAGAUCGACUCCGAUGGUAACGGCACCAUCGAAUUCUCUGAGUUCCUCAACCUCAUGGCCAACAAAAUCCAGGAAACUGAUGCAGAUGAGGAGCUGAAAGAAGCAUUCAAAGUGUUUGACAAAGACCAAAAUGGCUACAUCUCGGCCAGCGAGUUGAGGCAUGUGAUGAUCAAUCUUGGGGAGAAGCUAACCGAUGAAGAAGUUGCUCAAAUGAUAAAGGAGGCAGAUUUGGAUGGUGAUGGUCAAGUCAAUUAUGAUGAAUUUGUGAGGAUGAUGAUGACCAGCGGUUAAAUUGGAAAAACAAUGUUACCUGCUAAUUUAUUAUCUUUUAUAAAUUUAUCAAUCGUUUUUUUUCUCUUCUUCAGAAUACCAUAUUUUCCUUUUCCAAAUUAAAUUAAUUUAAGCUUUUCAUAUCUGAUCGACGUAGUAAUUUCUGUUUAUUUGAACUAUUAUUUGUGUAUGUGGUGUAUAGUAUAUUUAUUUAGCUUUUUGUUGAAAAAGUCAAUCAGAUUGAGUGUACA